AUGACGGCGUCGAUGGAGCUCAAGGGAUUCCCUUCUCUCAAGCCUGCCUUUGUGGUCAAGGCGAAGAUCGGGAACGUCAGUCCCAUUGGUACCAUCCAUACUGGCCAGAGCGCCAUCCACUUUGAGGUCGCUCACGGCACCAUCGAGAGCGUGCCCGGCUUUGCGCCGGCUUUCAACGGCAUCCUCACGUUCGGCGCCGACUGGUUCACCAUGGACCAUGACAGGCAACAUGCGCGUGUUGACAUCCGGUUGAUCGCAAAAACUGAGAAGGGCCAUACUCUGGACAUCCGCAGCGGCGGCGUGAUGGAGAUGUCUCGGUCCGUGGAGAAGAUCUUCUUACUGGAUCCCGAUGCGAAGACCACUCGGUUUGGCUUCUCAACUUCGUGGGUGACUCUGAAUGUCAGCGACCGGUCGCUCAAGGCGUUGGAGAAUGGCACCUUUGUCGGCAACUCGCGCAUGAUCGUGGACCAGUCCCGUGGCGUCACGGUUGAGGCCAGGUACUCGCUCGUGGUUCCCUCUACUUCUGAGGAGUGAAGUUCUGGGGGGCUGCUGCAACGGGCUGUGUCGAGGCUAUGGCUAUCGUUGGGUCGGCACCGGUCUUCGAAGGGGUUUUCAAAGGUGUUUUCAUGUGUUUAGUCCAUCGGUGGAGGAG